CAUCCAAGUACCAUUCCAUCAUGGCCGCUGUGAUAUCCGUUAAGACGCAAGUCACCAUAAAGGCUCCCGCAAGAGAAGUAUGGGAAACACUCAUCGACACAUCCACGUGGCCGCAGUGGAACUCUUUCAUCCCCAAAGCCGAGAUCGUAAACAAACAAGAACAACCACCCGAAGGCGAGCCUCAAUACUGGAAAAUGGACCAACAGAGAAAGUUCACCGCCAUUGUGGCAGGUAUGAAACAGCACCCCAUGCAGAAAGUCGUGGCCUUCGAGGAGCCUGACCCAUCCGCCACUGGUCCCAAGGCGUACCGCAUCUGUUGGGCAGUCCAAGGGUACCCUCACUUCUUGCUCAAUACCUAUCGAUUCAACGAGAUAAACGAAGUAGAAGAAGAGGGAGAGACAUAUUGCAUAUAUAGGACUGGCGAAGAACAGUUCGGCCCAUUGGCCCAUGUCAUCAAGAGGACGAUUGGGGGCCAGAUCGAGAAUGGAAUCAAGGCGUGGGCGGAAGACUUGAAGAAAUUUAUGGAAAACCAACCAAGAGAUCAGGAUUGAGUGCGGGAUUGGUUGGAAUGCCUGCGCAGUCGAUCAAAGGGGGAAAACGAGACCCGCAAGCUCUAUUGUGGACAACCCAAGGUAGAAAUGGCCAUACUCCAUGCUUUCGAUUACAACGACAUGAUUCACCUGGAAAAGAUCAAAUCUUGAAAACUGUAUUAGACUCGCGAACUCGGGAAAGAGUCUAUAGCCUCUUUACUAUUGCCUUGCCAGAAUAAUGAUAGUGGACUAGGAAGUAGCAAUGAACAUUAUUCCACU